AUGUCGGUCUCCAACCAAAUAGAGUCUUCCCAUACGGCCUUUGUCUUGCACCCCGGGGGAUCUUUCACGUACGAGGAACGAAAAGUGCCUAGUCUCCAAUCCGACCGUGAUGUGCUUGUCAGAAUCAUGGCAACUGGCCUUUGUGGCUCAGAUGUCCACUAUUGGAAGCAUGGCCGGAUAGGUCCAUACGUUGUUGAAAAGCCCAUCACUCUUGGCCACGAGCCCUCGGGAAUCGUGGUAGCAUGUGGAAAAGACGUCGAGGGAGUGGCAGUCGGUGACCGUGUUGCCCUUGAGCCGGGAAUACCCUGCAACAUAUGCAAGAAAUGCCGCAGUGGUCGUUACAACCUCUGUCGGUCAAUGCGAUUUGCCGCGACACCUCCGUAUGACGGUACCCUCACGAAAUACUAUCGCGUGCCCCCAGAAUCUUGUUAUAAACUGCCAUCACACAUCUCAUUCCGAGAUGGGUGUCUCGUUGAGCCCUUGAGUGUGGCUGUACACUGUAGCAGGCUUGCUGGUGACAUGCAAAAUAAGUCAGUGGUAGUGUUCGGAGCUGGUCCUGUCGGACUACUAUGCGGCGCAGUUGCACGAGCUUUCGGCGCAACAACCGUUGCUGUUGUUGAUAUCGUGGAGAGUCGACUCAGUGUUGCAAAACAAUACGGAGCCACCCAUACAUAUCGGAUGAGCUUUGAGCCUCCUGAAGUGAAUGCACAAGCGUUGUUAAAAGCCACCGGACUGGAAGAAGGCGCUGAUAUUGCAGUGGAUGCAACUGGAGCAGAGCCCUGUCUGAACUGCAGCAUACACGCACUUGCCCACGGUGGUACCCUGGUGCAGGCAGGGCUAGGCAAACCAUCUGUCUCAUUCCCUGUUGGCCAGGUUUGCGACAAAGAAAUUGUAUUCAAGGGUUGCUUCCGCUACGGGCCUGGAGACUUUGACACCGCAAUUGGCUUGUUGAACAGCCGACGGAUUAACCUGGACGGUUUGGUGACACAUGAAUUCUCUUUUUCAUCCGCAGAGACGGCAUUCAAUAAUGCUGCGAAUCGCAAUGGGAUCAAGAGCGUGAUCUACGGGCCGGAUGUUGAUGAGACUUUGGCUAGAGAGCGCACAGAAUCAUUAAAAUAG